AUGGGUUGUGCAAGUAGCCAGGAGGUCUCGUGCCCUGCGAAAGCACCGGCACAGGCUGCAGUUCCUAACGUGGCGGGCCAUUCCUUUGCUGCCUCCCUCCAAGCCUUGCAGCUGGAUAAACAGGCAACAAAGCAAGAGAAGACAGAGAAGACAUUGAAGGAUGACUUCAAGCCCAUUGAGCAUUUCGUCGAACCACGACUCAGCUUCAAGUCAAUGGAUAAAGACAGUGAUGGCCACGGGCUACCAGCUUUGAAGACGCACACCGGCUACGUGGAAGAGUUCCAGAAGUCUCUGAAGAACAUCAGUUCCAAUCCGGAAGACUUUGAGAAGCGGGUGCGUUGUGGCAGGGCUCGACAGGCAAUGCAAUGA